GCAUGGGCCCGCGCUGAGGGUCCCGACGGAGCGUCCUGCGCGAGGAGUCGGCGUCCGCCCGCCCAGGGGAGGGGCCAGACCUGGGGGGGCUCGGGCCCCCCAAACUCGGGUCGGAUCCUACCCGAGUGAGGCGGCGCCAUGGAGCUCCGGGCGCUGCUCUGCUGGGCUUCGCUGGCCGCGGCUUUGGAAGAGACCCUGCUGAACACAAAAUUGGAAACUGCUGAUCUGAAGUGGGUGACAUUCCCUCAGGUGGAGGGGCAGUGGGAGGAGCUGAGCGGCCUGGAUGAGGAGCAGCACAGUGUCCGCACGUACGAGGUGUGCGACGUCCAGCGGGCCCCUGGCUUGGUCCACUGGCUGCGUACCGGCUGGGGCCCACGGCGCGGCGCGGUCCACGUGUACGCCACGCUGCGCUUCACCAUGCUGGAGUGCCUGUCCCUGCCUCGGGCCGGGCGCUCCUGCAAGGAGACCUUCACCGUCUUUUACUAUGAGAGCGAUGCUGACACGGCCACGGCCCUCACACCCGCCUGGAUGGAGAAUCCCUACAUCAAGGUGGACACAGUGGCUGCCGAGCAUCUGACCCGGAAGCGCCCUGGGGCUGAGGCGACCGGGAAGGUGAACGUGAAGACGCUGCGCCUGGGCCCGCUCAGCAAGGCUGGCUUCUACCUGGCCUUCCAGGACCAGGGCGCCUGCAUGGCCUUACUGUCCCUGCACCUCUUCUACAAGAAGUGCUCCCAGCUGACCGUGAACCUCACCCGCUUCCCAGAGACCGUGCCCCGUGAACUGGUCGUGCCUGUGGCAGGGAGCUGCGUGGCCGACGCGGUCCCCGCCCCGGGCCCCAGCCCCAGCCUCUACUGUCGCGAGGAUGGCCAGUGGGCCGAGCAGCCUGUCACGGGCUGCAGCUGUGCUCCAGGGUUCGAGGCCGCCGAGGGAAACACCAAGUGCCGAGCCUGUGCCCAGGGAACCUUCAAGCCUCUGUCAGGAGAGGGGUCCUGCCAGCCAUGCCCAGCCAACAGCCAUUCUAACACCAUCGGAUCAGCUGUCUGCCAGUGCCGCAUCGGAUACUUCCGGGCCCGCACGGACCCCCAGGGUGCACCCUGCACCACCCCUCCGUCUGCUCCACGGAGUGUGGUUCCCCGCCUGAACGGCUCCUCCCUGCACCUGGAAUGGAGUGCCCCCCUCGAGUCCGGCGGCCGAGAGGACCUCACCUACGCGCUCCGCUGCCGAGAAUGUCGCCCCGGAGGCUCCUGCACGCCCUGCGGGGGGGACCUGACCUUCGACCCCGGCCCCCGGGACCUCGUCGAGCCCUGGGUGGCGGUUCGGGGACUGCGUCCUGACUUCACCUAUACCUUUGAAGUCACCGCCUUGAAUGGCGUGUCCUCCUUAGCCACCGGGCCUGUCCCAUUUGAGCCUGUCAAUGUCACCACCGACAGAGAAGUGCCUCCUGCAGUGUCUGACAUCCGGGUGACACGGUCGUCACCCAGUAGCUUGAGCCUGGCAUGGGCUGUUCCCCGAGCACCCAGCGGGGCUGUGCUAGACUACGAGGUCAAGUACCACGAGAAGGGCGCCGAGGGCCCCAGCAGCGUACGGUUCCUGAAGACAUCGGAAAACUGGGCAGAGCUCCAGGGGCUGAAGCGGGGAGCCAGCUACCUGGUCCAGGUGCGGGCACGCUCCGAGGCCGGCUACGGGCCCUUUGGCCAGGAGCACCACAGCCAGACCCAGCUAGAGGAGAGCGAGAGCUGGCGAGAGCAGCUGGCCCUGAUUGCAGGCACAGCAGUCGUGGGUGUGGUGCUGGUCCUGGUGGUCAUUGUCAUCGCCGUUCUCUGUCUCAGGAAGCAGAGCAACGGGAGAGAGGCGGAAUACUCGGACAAGCACGGACAAUAUCUCAUUGGGCACGGUACUAAGGUCUACAUUGACCCUUUCACUUACGAAGACCCUAAUGAGGCUGUGAGGGAAUUUGCAAAAGAGAUCGAUGUCUCCUAUGUCAAGAUCGAAGAGGUGAUUGGUGCAGGUGAGUUUGGCGAGGUGUGCCGGGGGCGGCUCAAGGCCCCUGGGAAGAAGGAGAGCUGCGUGGCCAUCAAGACCCUGAAGGGCGGCUACACGGAGCGGCAGCGGCGCGAGUUCCUGAGUGAGGCCUCCAUCAUGGGCCAGUUCGAACACCCCAACAUCAUCCGCCUGGAGGGCGUGGUCACCAACAGCAUGCCUGUCAUGAUCCUCACCGAGUUCAUGGAAAACGGCGCCCUGGACUCCUUCCUUCGGCUGAAUGACGGACAGUUCACCGUCAUCCAGCUGGUGGGCAUGUUGCGAGGCAUUGCCUCGGGCAUGCGGUACCUGGCUGAGAUGAGCUACGUCCACCGAGACCUGGCUGCCCGCAACAUCCUGGUCAACAGCAACCUGGUCUGCAAAGUGUCUGACUUUGGCCUUUCCCGAUUCCUGGAAGAGAACUCUUCCGACCCCACCUACACAAGCUCUUUGGGAGGAAAGAUUCCUAUCCGAUGGACAGCCCCUGAGGCCAUAGCCUUCCGGAAAUUCACGUCUGCCAGUGAUGCCUGGAGUUAUGGGAUUGUGAUGUGGGAGGUGAUGUCAUUUGGAGAACGGCCAUACUGGGACAUGAGCAACCAGGACGUGAUCAAUGCCAUUGAACAGGACUACCGACUGCCCCCGCCCCCAGACUGCCCCACCUCCCUCCACCAGCUCAUGCUGGACUGUUGGCAGAAGGACCGGAAUGCCCGGCCCCGCUUCCCCCAGGUGGUCAGCGCCCUCGACAAGAUGAUCCGGAACCCUGCCAGCCUCAAAAUUGUGGCCAGGGAGAAUGGCGGGGCCUCGCACCCGCUCCUGGAUCAGCGGCAGCCUCACUACUCAGCCUUUGGCUCGGUGGGCGAGUGGCUUCGAGCCAUCAAGAUGGGAAGAUAUGAAGAAAGUUUUGCGGCCGCUGGGUUUGGCUCUUUCGAGCUGGUCAGCCAGAUCUCUGCCGAAGACCUGCUCCGAAUCGGAGUCACUCUGGCGGGACACCAGAAGAAAAUCUUGGCCAGUGUCCAGCACAUGAAGUCCCAGGCCAAGCCCGGAGUCCCAGGCGGGACAGGAGGACCAACCCCACAGUUCUGACCUACAGGAACUCCCACCCCAGGGGCACCGCCUCCCCUUCUUCCUGGGGCAUAGUGGGGACUCACAGGCCCCCUUCCCUGCGCCCUACUGGAUUGCACUUUGAACCCAUGGAGGUGGGGAGUUGGCAAUUUGCAGAGACCGGAUUUGGGGGUCUUGCCAUAUGGGAGUGCAGAGGUCAACCCCCACCCUCUCCUGGGGAACCCCAGACCAAGGGUGAGGGCACCUUUCCCUCAGGACUGGGUGUACCCAUAAUCUCCCAGCCUUCCCAGAGGGCCCCCUAGGUGCUCCCCUCACCUUGACGGGUGUGCUCCUACAGACCAAAGAGUGGGUGACUAGCCUGCCAGCUCCAAGUGGAGCACUGUCCCAGGAGGCAGGAAGGGGCGCCAUGGCCCAGUGACAAUAUCAUUGGACUUUGUCGGCCCAACUUGCUGCUGUCACCACCAAACUCAAUCACUUUUCCUUUGUAAAUGUUCCUCCCCCAGCUACUGCCUUCAUAUUGAAGGUUUUUGAGUUUUAUUUUUUGGCCUUAAUUUUCCUCUCCCCCCCCCACCCCCUUUGUUUUUGUUUUGUUUUUCUACCGUCCUCGUCAUAACUUUUUGUGUUGGAGGGCACCUGUUUCACUCUCGCCUCCUUUGCCCAAGUCGAAACAGGGACCCAUGGUAGUGUCUGUUUCCAGAACAGUGCCUUGGUCACGCCAUAUCCCCAGAUAUUUCCCUGACCCCCAAAGCUGUGUCCGUGAGGGGGUGCAGUGGGAGUGAGGUAGUGAAUGGGGCAGUGAGAUGAGGGUGGAAGCCAGAGACAGGCACGGGUGCUUGGAGGGGUUCUUAAAUUAUAUUUAAAAAAAUAACUUUUUGUAUAAAUAAAAGAAAACGGGACAUGUCCCAGCUUUGGGGGU